AGCACUGUUCUUACUUGCAAGUAACCACAGGCCACAGGCCGGCCACCGCGUCUACGCAUAGUGUCUUGAAAGCGCCGGGUGACAAAAAUAAAGAAACUAGCCAAUAAGCCAGCGAUAUCGAUCCUUGCCGGCGGUCUUUGCCAAGGCCGGCGCCGAAAGGGACAGGUAGGCGGCCUCCCCGCCAAGCACCACCACCCAUUUAAAAGGACACCAUUAGCGUUCGCUUCCUCUCCAGCCGCGUGCAGGUGACUCGAUCGAGCUAGCCAGGGACCGUGCACGCCUCGAGCGAGCAAGCCUCGGCCAAGGUUUCUAGCUCGACCUUCUCCCGUCGUCGUACUUGCUGUCGUCGGCGGCCGGCAAUGCAGAGGAGCAGGUCGUGCUUGGGCUGUGUGCCCGUGAGCACGGCGGAGCUGCCCGUGGAGAGGGCUUUCGAUCUUCCUGCCGCGAUGCCGUCGUGGCCGUCGUCCGUUUCGGACGGAGGAUUCGCAAAGGGCAGCAUAGAUCUCGGAGGCAUGGAGGUGCGCCAAGUCACCACGUUCGCCAAGGUCUGGUCCACCGCGCAGGGCGGCCAGGACGGCCUCGGCGCCACCUUCUUCAAGCCGUCCCCUGUCCCGGCCGGAUUCCACGCGCUGGGCCACUACGCGCAGCCCAACAACCGGCCGCUCUUCGGCCGCGUUCUCGUCGCCAGGGACGCGUCCGGCACCGGGGCGCUCCUUGCUCCGCCGCUUGACUACACCCUUGUCUGGUCCAGCGGCCAGGAUGGUGCGGGCUUCUUCUGGCUCCCGACUCCACCCGACGGCUACAAGGCCGUCGGCGUGGCGGUCACGGCUACCAAGGAUAAGCCGCAGCCCGGCGAGGUCAUGUGUGUCCGCGCCGACUUCACCGACGUGUGCGAGGCCGAGGAGUCGGUGUGGGGAAGCGACAAGGACGGCUUCAGCGCCACCGCCCUGAGGCCGGCGGUUCGCGGCGUCGACGCCCGGGGCGUGCACACCGGCACGUUCCUUGCGCAGAGCAACGUCACGCCAGCGGCGAGCGUCUCAACCUUGGCGUGCCUCAAGAACAACAGCGCGGCUUACACGUCGUGCAUGCCUGACCUGGGCCAGGUGAAUGCCGUUCUCGCGGCCUACUCGCCGCAUGUGUACCUCCACCCCAACGACCCGUAUCUCCCUUCGUCGGCGACGUGGUUCUUCGAGAACGGCGCGCUGCUGUACCAGAAGGGCAGCCAGACACCGACGCCCGUGGCCGCCGACGGGUCGAACCUCCCGCAAGGCGGCGGCAACGACGAUGCCUACUGGCUGGACCUGCCGGUGGACAACGGGCAGAAGGAGCGGGUGAAGAAGGGCGACCUCGCGAGCGCCAAGGCGUACGUGCAGGCGAAACCGAUGCUGGGAGGGACGGCGACGGACCUCGCGUUGUGGUUCUUCUACCCCUUCAACGGUCCGGCGCGGGCCAAGGUCGGCCCCCUCACCAUCCCGCUCGGCAUGAUCGGCGAGCACGUCGGCGACUGGGAGCACCUGACGCUGCGCGUGAGCAACUUCUCCGGCGAGCUGCUCCGGAUGUACUUCUCGCAGCACAGCACGGGCGCCUGGGUGGACGCGUCGCAGCUGGAGUACCUCGGCGACGGCGGCGGCAACAGGAGGCCGGUGGCGUACGCGUCGCUGCACGGGCACGCGUUCUACCCGAGGGAGGGGCUGGUGCUGCAGGGGAACUCGAAGCUGGGGGUCGGGAUAAGGAACGACUGCGCCAAGGGGAGCAGGAUGGACACCAGCGGCGGGCGGUGCGAGGUAGUUGCGGCGGAGUACCUGGGCGCCGGGAAGGUGGCGGAGCCGGCGUGGCUCGGGUUCGAGAGGGGGUGGGGGCCCAGGGAGGAGUACGACAUCGGGCGCGAGAUCAAUCGUGCGGCCAGGAUCCUGCCGCGCGCCAUCAAGGAGCGGCUGGCCCAGUUGGUGAACAAGCUGCUGGUCGGGGAAGGCCCCACGGGGCCCAAAAUGAAGGGCAGCUGGAGAAAUGACGAGAGGGAUCCCUGAAACGUUUCCGCUCAUUGCCCCUGACCUUUCUCUCUCUCUCUCUCUUGUUCGUGUUCGUAUGAGGCUCCCUACCCCCUUCUCCAACCGUCGUCGUCCAAUCGUAUUAUGCGUCGAUCUGACGGUUAGAGACAUCGCCAACGAUUAUUUCAAGAAAAUGAUUGCGUACAAAGAAAAUCUACAGUGUAAUUGGUUCUUGCUAGAUGCUUCAUACUGUACAUUCAUGCAAUGUUAUUGUUAUUUCGUAA